GCUCCUCACUUGGUCAAUCACGAAGUUGGCUCCGAAUGGCUCUCGAGCAGCCCCGGCGCCUCUCCCGCUGCCUCCUCCAACUUGGACUUGACUUGGGACUGCGACUCCGAGCAAAGUUGUACCGCGUCGCGGCUGCUGUCGGUCCACUUCUUUCUCAAAGGUCGGUCGACUUUGGCAGCUUGUUGCUGCGUCCAGAGUUUGUUCGGGGACUCCGAGCUCCGAUGCGGUUGACAGCCUGUCACGAUGAUGAGCUGCACCAGCAAGUAAACCGGACCCGAGAGCAGGCAGACCACUUGGUGACACAGCACAGUUGGAGGUUUGAAGGCCACAAGCUAUGGAGGCCUCACAGGACCAGAACGAGCAAAUGGUCGAGAAAUCAAACCGUGACUCUCAUGUUCCAGAGCCUUCCAACAGCAGGUCUAUGGACAUGCAGGACCUAGCCAGUCCUCAUCAUCGCGACUCCGGCGCCUCCAAGCUGGACAAGAGCAACCUCGGCAGCCCCUCGGCGGUCACCGCCAAUGGAACGGGAGGUGAAAACAUGAGCGUUCUAAACACGGCCGAUUGGCUGCUGGGCUGCAGCAGCCCGCCCCCCGCGCCGACCUCCAAGGACUACGUGAAAACAGAGCCCAUGAACAACAGUGACGCGGUGACCACCACGGGCGACGCGGCGCUGGACUCGUACGCCGCCUCAGUCAUUACCAGCAGUGGAUACAGUCCUCGCUCGGCGCACCAGUACUCUCCGUCCCUGUACCCUUCCAAAUGAACUUUCCCACGCAACUUUCCUCAGCCUUCGACGCCGCCCGCCUCGUCCGUGCCGGCGUACGCGGGCCAGCCGCAGUUCGGCGGCAUGCAGCAGUCGGCGGUCUACACGUACUCGCAAACGGGCCAGGCCUACGGACUGUCCGGCUACGACCUGGGCGUGAUGCUGCCAGGCAUCAAGACGGAGAGCGGCCUGGCCCAGAGUCAGUCUCCUCUCCAGACGAGCCUCAGCUACAGCCCCGGCUUCGCCACGCCUCAGCCCGGACAGACGGCCUACUCGCCCUACCAGAUGCCAGGUCACUCCCUGGAGGCGGGCUUCGGGGAAUGUCAAAGAAGCGCACGCACACGUUACCACUUCUUGUUCUCUCUGCAGGAAUAUUCCCCAUACGCGGGCUUUGGCCAGAACCAGUACGGCCAGUAUUAUUCGGCCUCCACCUACGGGCCGUACGUGACCCCCGGCGGCGUGGACGGCAGCGGCACCGCCGUGGGCGCCUACCAGCUGCAGGACCCCGCGCCGGCCAUGACGGGCCAAGCGGCGGAACUUCACCCGGGAGACUUUGACACGGUGCAGAGGCCCUCCACGCCCAUCAAGGAGCUGGACGAGCGAGCGUGCCGCAGCGGAGGCUCCAAGUCGCGGGGCAGGAGCCGCAAGAACAACCCCUCGCCUCUGCCCGAUAGCGACCUGGAGAGGGUUUUUGUGUGGGAUCUGGAUGAGACCAUCAUUGUCUUCCAUUCUCUGCUCACGGGCUCCUACGCGCAGAAAUACGGCAAGGACCCCCCCAUGGCGGUCACGCUGGGCCUGAGGAUGGAGGAGAUGAUCUUCAACUUGGCCGACUCGCACUUGUUCUUUAACGACUUGGAGGAAUGCGAUCAGGUACAUAUUGACGAUGUCUCAUCUGAUGACAACGGGCAAGACUUAAGCACUUACAGUUUUGCAACGGAUGGCUUCCAUGCAGCCGCCACCAGCGCCAACCUGUGCCUGGCUACGGGCGUCCGCGGCGGCGUCGACUGGAUGAGGAAGCUGGCCUUCCGCUACCGACGCGUCAAAGAGUUGUACGGAACGUACAAAAACAACGUGGGGGGUCUGCUGGGUCCCGCCAAGAGGGACGCUUGGCUGCAGCUGCGCGCCGAGGUGGAGGCCCUGACCGACUCGUGGCUCACUCAUGCCCUCAAGUCGCUUUCCAUCGUCAGCUCCAGGAGUAACUGCGUCAACGUGCUGGUGACCACGACACAACUCAUACCGGCGCUGGCUAAAAUUCUGCUGUACAGUCUGGGCUCCGUGUUCCCCAUCGAGAACAUCUACAGCGCGACAAAAAUAGGCAAAGAGAGCUGUUUUGAGCGUAUUGUGUCCCGCUUUGGCACUAACAUUACAUAUGUUGUGAUUGGCGAUGGCAAGGAUGAGGAGCAUGCAGCCGGUCAGCACAACAUGCCCUUCUGGAGGAUAUCGAGCCACUCUGACCUGCUGGCGUUACAUCAAGCACUGGAGUUCGAGUACCUCUAAAUGUUCACUAAGGACUCAUCACAAUGGACAUACUCGGACCUUUUUUUUUUAGGGGGGGCAAACUAUUUAAGAAGGAACUUUACACUGCAAUUUUUGUUUUCGAACGCCUGGAUUUACAAACUGAAUGGUCUUAAAAGCUGCGAUGGAGGAGUGAAAGGUGGUCCGAGGAUCCACAUUAAAAAAAAAAAAAAA